UUUUUUUCUAAUUUUCCUAUAAAAUUUGAUUUUUCAUUUUUUAGACAUUUCUCAACCAAAAUAUCUUCAAAUUUGUUGUCUAGACGAAAUGAAACGGGUGACCUCUUCACCACAAAAUUUCUUUCACCACAAAAAUUGCGUUUACUCUUCAGGCCGUUAAGAAGAAAUUUUAGCAGUGGAGAGUCUAAACGACAACCAAAACUUAUUAAAGAUUUAAAAAUUAGUGAUGUAAGGGGAAUUGCGGUUUUGGCAUUGCCUUACAAAUGGAGAAUUAUAGGUUCGUAAUUUUUGAAAUUUUUUUAAAUUUUUUGGAGGGACAUUUGACCCCAAAAAUUUAUUUUUUAAUAGAAUUUUUGGGAUGGGAUUUAGGUUUGGUUUGGAAUGUCCAGGUUUGGUUGUCCCAAAAACUUUUACGUAAAUUUGUGGUAUGUAGGACAUUUUAUCCCAAAAAAAUUUUUUUUGAAAAUUUCGGCGGGGUCCCAAAAAUUUAUUUUUUAAUAGAAUUUUUGCGAUAGAAUUUAGUCUCAAAAAUGUUUUCGGAAAUUUUCGGGAGGACAUUUUGUCCCAAAAAUUUUUUUGGAAAGUGUGGGGUGACAUUUUCUCCCGAAAUUUUUUUUACAUUUUUUAGCCGGCCUAGUCUUUCUUUCUAUUGGCUCUGGCCUAUUUUUAACACUACCUCGAAUUCUUGGCAAAAUGAUUGAUGAAUUUGACACUUCAAAACCAGAAGACAGAAAAACUGAGGGAGAUGAAGAAGCAAAAAAUGAAUUAAAUUUAUUUUCAAUAAUUCCUCAAAAGGAUACAAAAAAGAAAGAAAAUGAAAAAGAAGACGAUUUUCUUGGAAGAAUAGCACGUUAUCUUCGACACAAUCCAUGGGCUAUAGGUAUUAUUCUUGCUAUUGGAGCAUGUGCAAUUGGUGGACGUAUUUAUUUGAUGCAUACAACAAGUCAACUCAUAGUCAACGAUUUACGUACAAACGUUUUCCGCAACAUUCUCCAACAAGAUAUGGCUUUUUUUGAUAAAAAUAAAGUUGGGGAAAUUGUAAGCCGUCUAUCUUCAGAUGCUUAUAUUGUUGGAAAUGCUCUUUCUACAAAUCUGGGUGAUGGUAUUCGUUCACUUUUCACUUCUUUUGUGACUGCAGGAAUGAUGGUUUGUUUAUUGAUAUGGGGAGGGUUUUGA